UGCACUGGUAGUAGCAGCAGACGUGCAAGCAGCCACAGCAUCCGGAGCCAUGAACGCCCUGAGCAUCGCCCUCGUUCUCUGUGCCGCCCUGGCCAGUGCUAUGGCUGGCGGAGUGCUUGGUGGUUAUGGCCUCGGCUACGGUCUGGGCGGCUACGGUCUUGGCGGCUACGGCCUCGGCGGCUACGGUCUCGGUGGCUACGGUUAUGGUGGCCUAGGCUACGGAGGACUAGGUUACGGUGGCUAUGGCCUCGGGGGAGGUUACGGCCUGAGUGGUGUCGGUGUCGGCAGCAGCGUGGCACUCCUGAGUGGGGGACCUGCCUUUGCCAAGGCUGUGGCUGGACCAGCCUUCCUGGUGAGAACGGUUCACCACGUCAACAAGGUCAGCGGCGGUGGAGCCCUCCUCGCCCACUCUGGCCUCGGUGGAGGAUAUGGAUACGGUGGUCUCGGCUACGGUGGUCUCGGAUAUGGUGGUCUUGGAUAUGGUGGUUAUGGUGGAUACGGAUACGGCGGCUACAGCUACAAGGGAUAAAUUCGAUACAUUUGUUUAUUACUCCUUUACAGGGUACGCUGUGAAUUUAUCUUAGUUUAACGUACCCUGUUUUUUUUCGUACGCGCGGAGCUACGCAGCACCAGGUUGCCCGAAUUUUAAGCAUGCGUCAAGUGUGUCGGUCUUUGGCCACUUAAGCAUACUUUGCUUAGCUCGCAGUUGUGAUCCUCAUUCGCUUCAAGUUGCGUUCGCAGAAGUUCUAGCGUCAUGUUGUAAAAACUGUUAUGACAGCGUCAACAGUGACCGAUCAGCCAGAUAAAUCCACAGCGAAAAAUUCCUCAAUGCCAUCGUAUCGCCUAAGGUCCCGUUGCGUGCUGCUGUUAUCAUUUGUAUAUUUCUGUUGCAUAGACAUCUCAAUGUGGCACACUAGCUGUUCGAUCAAAGAAAUUUGUACAGAAGGCCGCUUACGGGCUGUUUGCAUUGUCUUCAUGCUUCAGAAUAAAUGUCACUCGAAUCGAA